CUCAAAACGUUAACUGUACUGGUGUUAGUCUAUGCAGAUUGUGAACUCAGAGAACAGGUUGCAGGGAGACGGAUUGUGUUCUCCAUUCCUGUGUUGUCGACUCUACAUGUCAACAUACUGUAUGUCACGUUAAGAACAUGUGUCUACUCUCUGGCAGGUUUGAAGUCGUCUCCUCAUCAUGUCAGACUGCAGCAGAACUGUGGAGGAUGUGAGGAGCCUUAUUCAGUCCAGAAAAGGCUUCAAUCCACAGCAGAUGAUGAAGUUCUUUGACAACUGGGCAGAGACGUACGAACAGGAUGUGAAGAUACUCAACUACAGGGAACCAAAUCUGGCGGUAGAUUUCCUGAAUGCCAACUUCCCUGGGAGUCAUGAGGAGGCCCAGGUUCUGGAUGUCGCCUGUGGGUCUGGACUGGUCGCUAAACUGAUGGCUGAACUGGGCUUCAAGCACUUUGUUGGAGUGGACUGCAGUAAUAGCAUGCUGGAACUAGCUGCAAAGACUGGCCUCUAUCAGGACCUCAAACUGGCCUUACUGGGACCAGAACCACUGCCUACACAGACUGGUGCGUUUGAUGUUGUUAUCAUCGUCAGUGCUUUACGUGAUGGUUCUGUGCCGGCCAGCGCUGUCAGGCAGCUGUGCCAAGCCGCCAAACCAGGAGGUUACAUUUGCAUGACGAGAGUGGAUUCAGCGUCAGACCCUAAACAAACAUACAAGGUGUCUUUGGAGAAAGAGCUGCAGCUGAUUGAGGAGGAGGGACUGUGGACUCCAGUGGACACCAAAGAGAUGGACAAAUUCUACAUAGACCCUUUUAAUAACUAUGACAAUGAGCAGAGUGACCAAUAUGUCGGUGGGACCAUAUACCUGUACAUGAGGUCAUUUAAUUAGUCACUCUACAUCUGUAUACAUUCCCUCACUAUCCGAUCUGUAUAUUCAACAGAAUGUCACUAAAUACACAAAAAUUCAUGAGGACAUUUUGAUCCUCUUUGAUCCGUGCUAUUAAGCCCCAAACUACGAUACAAUACGAUACAUGAUACGAUAUACUUUAUUGUCCCCAUAGGGAAAUUUGUCUUUGAUGUAAGUGCUGUGCACAUUGCCUGCUUCCACAACAAAUCAACAAACUAAUAGGCCAUUUACAAUUUAGGAUAUUAAUUGAGAUAGGCACAAAGGAGUUUUUAAACCUAUUCAGUUUACAUUUGGGGACUCUGUAUUGUCUUCCAGAUGGUAAAAGUUCAAACUCAGGAUAAAGGACGAGUGACGGGUCAGAUAAAGCUCUCUGAGCCUGCCAGACUGGUCAAAGGUGGCCUGAGCAGUCUGUUUAUGGGCAGGCUCAUUCAUUGAUACGUGACGUCAUAAAAUACAAAAGGCUAAAUAGUUGUUAUUUAAUGUAUGUUUUUCAUGCAAUCAUGAUAGUAAAUGUAUACAUUAAAAAGAAAAACCCACAAUGUGUAUUGUAUUUCACCUUAUUUCUGUGUUUUCUCUCUGAAAAAUGUUGCUCAAUUCAUCUAGUUGUCAUAUCUGUCCCAUGACUUUGUCUAUCUGUAUCUGAACUAGAGUGUGGCUACCAGUGACGGACUGGGACCAAAAAGAGGCCCUGGCAUUUUUGACACAGAGGCCCCAUGGCGGCGCAUCGGCCAGCCAGGGGUGAAACAUUUUCAUAUUAUUUUACAAAAAAAUAUGCAUUUUUACGUCAUUUUAGAUCAUCAGUUCCUUAUUUGUGAAAGAUUAGGCGUGGUGUCUCAUAUCCCCCCUCCCACAUAUUACUAGGUACUAUGAUGGAUGAUUUUACACAUACUAACAUAAAAAACACCACCAUUGGCGGAACAUUUCAGAGCGCCACAGAGACACAGACUGUUCCACAGCUACCAUAGAAACUCACUCACUCACUGCCUUGAUGCACAAUAGAAGAGGAGAUAUACAGACACAGUCAUUAUGAAUGAUAAGAUUGAUUUGUGGCUUGCAUGGGAGCAUGUGGAAAGCUAACCAUAUGAUAAGAAUGCAGAAAUUCAGAACACACACCACACAAUCAACUCACUACAAUUGCACUGGUACAGUAGACAACAAUGCACAGCACACAAGAUAAUAAGGCAGCAGCAGAACCCCCAUAAAUUCAGGCACGUUCAAAGGCCAGACUAAUAACCUCAGUUAAUAAUACUAGCUCUAUGUCUACCAAAACACGAAAAUCUGAAAUCAAACUCCACACAACUUCAUCCUAAAGGCUUAGCCUACUUCCACCAUUAACCAUAGGCGCCCCCUCUUGGACAAAAUACAGCACAACCAAAUAACAACAGAAACAUAAAUCUUACACCAACCACAAUGCAUAUUACAAUAGCUUCAGCAAAACAUGACAAGAGCACUGCACAGCUAGAGUAUAAAAAUAAAUAUGUGUCUCUCAGUGUCUUCUUUUAAAUCUCUUCUUAAGACGCACAUUUAUCGUAUGGUCUUCUCUUAAUUGAUGGUAAUUAAUUAUUGUAACUGUUUUUAAAUUAUUUGAUGUUUUAUUGUUUUGUGUACUAAUUGUUUUUAUUAUUAAGCACAUUGUAACUCCGCUUUGAAAGGUGCUAUACAAAUUAAGUUAUCAUUAUUAUUAUUAUUAUUAUUAUUAUUAUUAUUAUUAUUA